AUGGCUUCUUCAUCUAAAAUUGUGAAAAAAGUUAACAAUAUUAAUAAAAGUGAAUCAACAAUACCAGAAAGGCCGUUUGGUAAUUUAAAUCAAGAUGAUGAGAAUGCAGAAAUGGAGCCAAUUCUUACACAAGCUAUUGAUGCAAUUGAACAAGCUGAAUGGAGCGAAUGGUCUGGUGUUGGAAAGUUAGAACAUACAUUUUCAACGUUAAAAAAUGCAAAGGACCUGGAAUUGCACAAGUUAUAUAAAAUUAAAAAUAUAACUCGCGUUUCUUCUUCAUGUUCAGCAACAGGUGCAGCGACUAUGCUCCAUACUGACGAGUUUGCAAUGUAUCUUCCAGUUCGUUUCAACUUGAUGCCGAUCCCGACAUCAUACAACAACAAGUACUUCAAAAUCAUUGGAUUCAAAAGGUGCUUUGGAAGCAACUCUACUCCAUUAAUUGAUUUUAUCACUUUCAUCGUCAUUUGGGUCAUGAAAGAUGUUGACACAUAUCUCACUUGUACAACGAGAAUAUUUUAUGAUAUGCAAAUAAAAAACACUUCCGUGACAUUAACAAUGAUGAUGGGAUAUACAUGA